AUGGCGACCGAGUUGACCGUCCAGUCCGAGCGCGCUUUCCAGAAGCAGCCUCACAUCUUCCUGAACUCGAAGACCAAGGCCAAGAGCAAGAAGGCUGGCUCUGGCCGCCGCUGGUACAAGGAUGUCGGUCUGGGUUUCCGUACCCCCAAGACCGCCAUUGAGGGCAACUACAUCGACAAGAAGUGCCCCUUCACCGGUCUCGUUUCCAUCCGUGGCCGUAUCCUGACCGGUCGCGUUGUGUCCACCAAGAUGCACCGUACCCUUGUCAUUCGCCGUGAAUACCUCCACUUCGUUCCUAAGUACCAACGGUACGAGAAGCGCCACAAGAACCUGGCCGCUCACGUCUCCCCCGCUUUCCGUGUUGAGGAGGGUGACUGGGUUACCGUCGGCCAGUGCCGUCCCCUGAGCAAGACUGUUCGCUUCAACGUCCUGCGUGUCCUGCCCCGCACCGGCAAGGCCGUCAAGGCUUUCUCCAAGUUCUAA